UUAUGCCCACAAGGAUCUCUGGGAGGAGUUAAAUGCUCAGGAACAAUACUUCAUCCCUCACUCCGGCCAGUCUGACGUUUCUUGACGUGUCGAAGGGGAUGUCACUCACACAAUAGAGUCCCGGUCGAGGGGAUCCAUUUAAGGCCCAUGGGGGCCACUGCAUCCUCAGUGCGUGCAGGACCACUACUGGAGAAAGUUGCUUCUGCUGGGACAUUACUGUUGGAAUUGUUGGAUUAUUGGAAAUAGAGUGUAGAAUAGAGAGAAGGAAAUAGCCUAGAAAACAGGGGAAAUCCUUGGUACUUUCUUGUUUUUUUUUUUUUUUUUUUGUUUUUUUUCCUGAAACAGAACAUUCGAUGAGGGUUGUGGGAUCCCAGUCCCAAGACAUGGAAGAGCGUCUCUCCCCGUCCGCGCGCUUGGUGCGCAGUCCUGGAUCCCAAACGAGGAUCCACAGCAUUGAAUCCAUUUUGGGAUUUAAAGGAGAGAAUAUCUUCCACACGGCUUUUUCUUAUCGAUCUGGGAAGCCGGUCAAAGACGCUGAGCUUUUGUCUUCCCCCAAAAAGGACUCCAAAAACUUUGAAGGUGUCUGUAGAUCCUCCGUCAUGGUCAGUCCGGAUCUGCCGGAAGCGGACUGUGGUAAAUUAUCGGAUGAUGAAAAUCCCAAGAAAAAGCACCGGCGGAACCGGACCACGUUCACAACCUUCCAGCUGCACGAGCUCGAGAGAGCGUUUGAGAAGUCACAUUAUCCUGACGUGUACAGCAGAGAGGAGCUCGCGCUCAAGGUCAGCCUGCCAGAAGUUCGAGUACAGGUGUGGUUCCAAAACCGCCGUGCAAAGUGGCGACGUCAGGAGAAACUGGAGGUGAGCUCCAUCAAGCUGCAGGAGUCCUCCAUGCUGUCCAUCCCCAGAUCGGGGCCGCUGUCUCUGGGUAGCGGUCUGCCGUUAGACCCCUGGCUUACUGGACCCAUCACCUCCUCCAGCUCUUCCCUGCAGUCCCUGCCCAGCUUCAUCACCCCUCAGCAGGGAGUACCAGCCAGCUAUACCCCUCCACAGUUCCUCAGCUCAGCUACACUCAACCACCCUCUGCCCCAUAUAGGGGCGGUGUGCCCCCCUCCACCAGCCUAUCAGUGCUCAGGCUUUAUGGAUAAAUUUUCACUAGAAGAGACAGACCCACGGAACACAAGUAUUGCCUCGCUAAGAAUGAAAGCGAAGGAACACAUCCAGUCUAUAGGGAAGACGUGGUAAACUGAGGAUGAUGCUGGACUUGUUUGCAUCUCCUUUAACUUUCUAAAUCAGACUCUUUUUGAAGAGAAGUGGUUUUCACAUCUGUGUGUGGUUCAGAAACCUCCCAGAGUUGUUCUUUAUGGAUGACAAGCUUUGUAAAACAAAUUUACUGUACAUUACUCUCAUUUUUUAGCAUGAGUUCAUUUAAUAAAGCUUCCUUGCUAAUUAAAACUUGCAACUGGACAUAAUUCUACCCUUUUUUAUUUGAUUUUUUAUUUAUUUAUUUUUUUACAAAAAAAUGCAUUAUAAAUGCAUGCAUCUAAUUUCACUGACCCAUUCAAAAUCCCCAU